CGUCACCCGUUAAACUUCCUCUCUCAGCCACACAGGAAGCUGAGCCGGCUCAGGGCCCAGCCCCAAGAAAGCACAGGCCCCCAGGACCCCUGGGGAAACGGGCCCCCCGCCGGGCCAGCCCUGAAGGGACCAUGGGAUCCACAGUCGAAGGGGGUCCCCCUGCCGUGUUUGAUUGGUUCUUCGAAGCAGCCUACCCUGCCUCCCUGCAGGAGGAUCCCCCUAUCCUGCGACAGUUCCCCCACGACUUCAGAGACCAGGAGGCUCUGCAGAUGGUGCCUAAAUUCUGCUUCCCUUUUGAUGUGGAAAGGGAGCCCCCCAGCACCGCUGUGCAGCAUUUCACUUUCGCCCUCACGGACCUGACCGGCACCCGGAGAUUUGGCUUCUGCCGCCUACGGGCUGGUGCCCACAGCUGUCUCUGCAUCCUCAGCCACCUGCCUUGGUUCGAGGUGUUCUACAAGCUGCUGAACACAGUGGGGGACCUCCUGGCCCAGGACCAAGUCUCAGAGGUCGAGGAACUUCUUCUAAAUCUGCUGCAGCAGCCGCUUCCUGGGACCCAGGACUCACUGGGGCUGGAGCUGGUGAGUAGCCCCUCUCUCCUGGGCAUCGGACCUCAGGUGGAUGGAAAGGCUUCACCCCAGCCCCGAGGACCACACACUACCCCUCUCCCCCAGGGCAGCGGAGGGACAAUCUCCAACGCACAGGGCGUCCUGCCCCCCGCCCCAGGGAAGAGCCUGCCGCUUUCCUGCUUUGUGGCCCCCGACUCUGGCCGCCUGCCAUCCAUUCCUGAGAACAGGAACCUAACGGAGCUGGUGGUGGCGGUGACCGACGAGAACAUCGUGGGGCUGUUCGCCGCGCUGCUGGCCGAGCGAAGGAUCUUGCUCAUCUCCAGCAAGCUGAGCACCCUGACAUCGUGCGUCCACGCGUCCUGCGCCCUCCUGCAUCCCAUGCACUGGGAGCACGUGCUGAUCCCCACGCUGCCGCCGCAUCUGCUGGACUACUGCUGCGCGCCCAUGCCCUACCUCAUCGGAGUGCACGCCAGUCUCGCCGAGAGAGUGCGGGAGAAAGCCCUGGAAGACGUCGUGAUGAUGAACGUGGACUCCAAUACCCUGGAGACACCCUUCGACGACGUGCAGGAGCUGCCCCCAGAAGUGGUGUCCCUGCUGAGGCUGCGGCUAAGGAAAGUCGCGCUGGCCCCCGGGGAAGGGGUGUCACGUCUCUUCCUCAAAGCCCAGGCCCUGCUCUUCGGGGGAUACCGUGAUGCGCUCGUCUGCAGCCCGGGCCAACCUGUGACCUUCAAUGAAGAAGCCUUCCUGGCGCAAAAACCCGGGGCGCCCCUGCAGGCCUUCCACCGCCGAGCUGUGCACCUGCAGCUCUUCAAACAGUUCAUCGAAGGCCGACUGGAGAAGCUUAACAAGGGAGAAGGCUUCUCAGACCUCUUUGAGCAGGAGAUCACCAGCAGCGGGGCCACGUCAGGCGCCCUUCGCUCCUACCAGCUCUGGGCAGACAACCUCAAGAAAGGUGGUGGUGCCCUCCUGCAUUCCGUCAAGGCCAAGACCCAACCAGCCGUCAGAAACAUGUACCGCUCGGCGAAGAGUGGCUUGAAGGGUGUGCAGAGCCUUCUGAUGUACAAGGAUGGGGACUCUGGUCUGCAGAGGGGGGGCUCCCUGAGGGCCCCUUCCCUCACCAGCCGCUCAGACCGCCUGCAGCAGCGCCUGCCUAUCACCCAGCACUUUGGACAGAACCGGCCCCUUCGCCCCAGCAGGAGACUCCAGCUAGAAGAGAAGCCUCCUGAGUCCCUGAGGGAGGGGACACCCACUCUGAGCCCUAAGGAUGCCCAGGAUCCGUGGGCAGAGGAGGCUCUGGAUGGCAGCUUCCUGGGGUCCGGAGAAGAACUGGAUUUGCUGAGCGAGAUUCUGGACAGUCUGAGCACGAGAGCCACGAGGACCAGCAGCCUGCGGCCCAGCCAGAGUUUAGACUGCUGCCACAGAGGGGACCUGGACAGCUGUUUCAGCCUGCCCGACAUAUCAGGAAGACCAAGAUGGCAAGCAGACGAUGAGAAACUGCCAGACCCCCAGCCCCUGUCCCUGCCUGUCAGCCUGCCAUCUCUGCAACGCCCCCAGCCUUCGGAUGCCACAAGCGCCUCAAAUCACCCCACUUCCCAGCUGCCCUCAGAGGCCAGCCAAGAUGUCAUUUCUCCAUCCCAGUCUUCAACAACUUCUGCAGACCCAGGCAGCCAAGGGGACCCCCAAUACUCUCUCAUGGAGCCCCACUCUCUAAUCCUACAUCUCUCCCCUCCCCACUGGGCAACUAAAGACCCCACAGCUCAGGAGACCCCUUGCUCCCAGCUCUCCGCAGUACCCACCCUGCCCAGCCCUCCAGAAAGCCCCCAGCUUCUGGUCCCCAUGAACCCAAAUCUGGAAAUUACCUGGACAUCCCAACCCCUUGAUUCUUUCUCAGAUCCUGGUGCCACAGAGAACCCCAGAGCCCAGCCUUCCAAGGGCCUGCUAGCACAGUCUGCUCCCCUCCAGCCCCAUGAAGAGCCCGGAGCCCCCAUGUCCCCCACUGCACCUGCUCACAACUGUCAGGAGUCCCAGGCCAGGAACCGGCCCACAGUCGCUGAGCUUAAAAAGUGUUUUGAAGGUUAAGGAUCAGGGGUAUGGAGGAGACUCCAGUCCCUCAAUAAAGCUGCAGAACCAAAAA